ACACAUUUUAGAUAAGGACAAUUAGUCACUCGCGAGACCCAGUAGGGAGAGAGGCUUAAAUCAGAGAGAUUUAAUGAGGGUGCUCCGUGCCUUCCCCGAAGCCAUGCCCUCUAGCGACUCCCGCCCCCCUGCGUGCCUAGCCCUGGUGGCUCUCUCCUUGGCUCUGUUGCUCCAUCUCUCCCUUUCCUCCCAAGCUGGAGAUAGGAGACUCUUGCCUGUAGACAGAGCUCCAGGUUUGAAGGAAAAGACCCUGAUUCUACUUGAUGUGAGCACCAAGAACCCAGUCAGAACAGUCAAUGAGAACUUCCUCUCUCUGCAGCUGGAUCCGUCCAUCAUUCAUGAUGGCUGGCUCGAUUUCUUAAGCUCCAAACGUCUGGUGACUCUGGCCCGGGGACUUUCACCCGCCUUUCUGCGCUUCGGGGGCAAAAGGACCGACUUUCUGCAGUUUCAGAACCUGAGGAACCUGGCGAAAAGCCGAGGGGGCCCGGGCCCGGAUUACUAUCUAAAAAACUAUGAGGAUGACAUUGUUCGAAGUGAUGUUGCCUUGGAUAAACAAAAAGGUUGCAAGAUUGCACAACAUCCUGAUGUUAUGCUGGAACUCCAAAGAGAGAAGGCAGCUCAGAUGCAUUUGAUUCUUUUAAAGGAGCAAUUCUCCAAUACUUACAGUAAUCUUGUAUUAACAGCCAGGUCUUUAGAUAAACUUUAUAACUUUGCUGAUUGCUCUGGACUCCACCUGAUAUUUGCUCUAAAUGCACUGCGUCGUAAUCCCAAUAACUCCUGGAACAGUUCUAGUGCCUUGAGUCUGUUGAAGUACAGUGCCAGCAAAAAGUACAACAUUUCUUGGGAACUGGGUAAUGAACCAAAUAAUUAUCGGACCAUGCAUGGUCGGGCCGUCAAUGGCAGCCAACUGGGAAAGGAUUACAUCCAGCUGAAGAGUUUGUUGCAGCCCAUCCGGAUUUACUCCAGAGCCAGCUUGUAUGGUCCUAAUAUCGGGAGACCCAGGAAGAAUGUCAUCGCCCUCCUAGAUGGAUUCAUGAAGGUGGCAGGAAGCACAGUGGAUGCAGUUACCUGGCAACAUUGCUACAUUGAUGGCCGUGUGGUCAAGGUGAUGGACUUCCUGAAAACUCGCCUGUUAGACACACUCUCUGACCAGAUUAGGAAAAUUCAGAAAGUGGUUAAUACCUACACUCCAGGAAAGAAGAUUUGGCUUGAAGGUGUGGUGACCACCUCAGCUGGAGGCACAAACAAUCUAUCAGAUUCCUACGCUGCAGGAUUCUUAUGGUUGAAUACUUUGGGGAUGCUGGCCAACCAGGGCAUUGAUGUAGUGAUACGGCAUUCAUUUUUUGACCAUGGAUACAAUCACCUCGUGGACCAGAAUUUUAACCCAUUGCCAGACUACUGGCUCUCCCUCCUGUACAAGCGCCUCAUCGGGCCCAAGGUCUUGGCUGUGCAUGUAGCUGGGCUCCAGCGGAAGCCAAGGCCUGGCCGUGUGAUCCGGGACAAACUGAGGAUUUAUGCUCACUGCACAAACCACCAUAACCACAACUAUGUUCGUGGGUCCAUUACGCUUUUUAUCAUCAACCUGCAUCGAUCAAGAAAGAAAAUCAAACUGGCUGGGACUCUCAGGGACAAGCUUGUCCACCAGUACUUGCUGCAGCCCUAUGGACAGGAGGGCCUGAAGUCCAAGUCUGUGCAGUUGAAUGGCCAGCCCUUAGUCAUGGUGGACGACGGGACCCUCCCGGAAUUGAAGCCCCGCCCCCUGCGGGCCGGCCGGACAUUGGUCAUCCCUCCGGUUACCAUGGGCUUUUAUGUGGUCAAGAAUGUUAAUGCGUUGGCCUGCCGCUACCGAUAGAGCACCCUGCGCUUGCCAGCUCCCCGGGGGCCUGCCGGACUGCUCUCCAGCCUCCCAGCCCCGUAGUAGCCUUACUCUCCAAACCUCUCCGCAGCCAGUUCCACUGCCCCUGCUGCCGUCCACACAGACUUGCACUCCGCAGAUACUUAAUGCUGUAGCCUGAGCUUAGCCUAGCUAGAGCACACAGCCGCAAGGAGACCAUGGCCAUUGUCUGUUGCUACAUCAGGACUGAGGUCCUCAAAUAGAGCUGUGUGCUCCCACUUAUGCUCAC